UCCGGACGCCCCCGUUCCCAGCACUUGUUCAGCGCGGGUCACUCGACAACAAGGUCUAGGCAGAAGUCGCGGCGUAUACUUUUGAAAGGCACUUGAUGGCGAUGUUCUUGCGCCCUGUGCGGCAGGGCUUAUUUGUCCCCUGAUGGAUUACGGACGCUUGGAAAAUUGGUCGACAGGCAACCCAAAACCUGAGCCUGACCUUUCCCAUGGGAGCACGCCAUCACGGAGCGUUUGCUCUUGAAUGGCUCGCGGCGCAUCGCGUCCAGGCGUCCGGCGUUCGACAUGUCCAACGACAGCUGCGGCCUCCCCUUGGACACGGACGCACUGGGCCUGACUUGCAUCUACGGCCUGGUCUUCACUGUGGGCCUGCCCUGCAAUCUGCUGUCCCUCUGGGGGUUGUACCAUCUGGGCCGCUCGGGUAGCGGCGGCUGCCAGCUGGUCUACAUCCUCAACCUGCUCCUGUCCGACCUCCUGCAGCUGCUCACCCUGCCCCUGUGGAUCCUGUACCUGCAGGACGCCCACCGCUGGCGCUACGGUCAGCCGGCCUGCGAGCUGGUGGGCUACGUGUUCUACGUCAACGUGGACGCCAGUGUCGUGUUCCUGUGUCUGAUAGCGCUGGACCGCUGCCUGGCCAUCGUGUUUCCGCUGAGCAGCCGCAGGGUGAGGACGGUCCGGGUGGCCGCCGUGUCGGGCCUGGCGGUGUGGACGCUUACGUUUCUCUUCUGCCUGUUCGGACUCUUGCCGUCCGUUUUUGACUCGGAGCGACUACUGUGUCUAGAGCGCUACCCUGUCAGCCCCCGAUAUGCCCACUUCAAGAUCACCACCGUGGCUCUGGGCUUCCUGUUGCCGUGCGCUAUACUGGGCUACACCUCAGCCCACAUCUGGGUCACACUGCGACACUCCCCCUCCCUGUCAGCCCACGAGCGUCACAAGAUCGUGGGCAUCCUGGUGGUCAUCACGGUCAACUUCAUCGCCGUGUUCGGACCGUACCACCUGGUGGGCGGCUACAGAUUUGUGUCUUUACUGCAGGCCGACGAGCCCUGCGCGCUGGAGCGCUCCAUCUUCUUGCUCUACCGCCUAUGCUACGGGCUGACCAGCCUCAACACAAUGCUCGAUCCCCUCUUCUAUAUUUUCCUGUGCGCCGAUGCACGGCUGGAGCUGCGAAGGUCGCUGCCCUGCUCCGGAAGAGGCCAAAACGUCGGCAAAGCGACAGCCGGGAGCAGCAGAGCUCAUCAAGAUGCAUGCGAGCAAAGUGGACAAAAUCAUGUUUCUGCUGCCUAAAGGCUUUGAGUCCGGACAAGAAAGAUUCCCAAAACACCUCUGAAAAUUCUGACUGACAUCUUACAUUCUAUUCAAAAGAAAAAACAAAAACAGAACUUUAUUCUACAGUGAGGGGAAAGUAGUAGUACUGCAUGAAGAAGUGCUGUACUACGAACCCCCCGCCCCCCUACCGAAGAGAUUUGAUGAUGUCACAUUUAUUUCAGGGUUUUUAAUGGGCCAAAACUAAAGUCAGGAUGAGGUAUUGGUUGAUUUAAUAUGUUGUUUUUUAUUGAUGCCACACCCACCCCAAAAUGUAGAUAUACACUUUUUAAAA